GACCGGAUGGAGGAAGUAACGAUUUUUACUGCAAAUUCUCUCUCUCUCUCUCUCUCUCUCUCUCUCCUUCCUUCUCUCUUUCUUAGGGCUUCGCUUUGUAAAAAGGAACAAGGAGAAUUUCCGCUUCGAGCUUUUUGAUCCCUCUGCCUUGUUCUGUUCCAUUGUGCUUCUUCUUCUUCUUCUUGUUCCUUGAACCUCUGUGCUUUUCCGGAGGACCCAUCUUCAGUUCUUGCCUCUCGGCUCCUCCCGACAUCAUAAGACGUCAAGGCUCGAGCGAAGGGAAUAAAAGAAACGCCACCUUUCGUCCGAAAUGGCGUCGUUUCAGCAGCGGGAGCCGGACCCCGACGACAACGGGGGCGCCUCCGAUCUCAGCACCAGCGCCGGCGACCCUGACGACGGCCGCCCCGCCAGUGCCUCCCCGCCCCCCGCGACCCGCCGGCGGCGCGUCCGUUGUUCCGGGCCGUUUCGCUCAAGGACGAGCCGGUGGAGUCCGACCCCGAACGAGUCGCCCGCCGGCUGGCCCCGGAGGGGGUGCAGGUCCAGCCAAUGCCCAUGCCCUUGUCCAGCGUCUCCGCGACCGCCGCCGCCGCCGCCAGGCGCUCCUCCUCCUCCUCCUCCACCAAGGACCGCCACACCAAGGUGGAGGGCCGCGGCCGGAGGAUCCGGAUACCCGCCACCUGCGCCGCCAGGAUCUUCCAGCUGACGCGGGAGCUCGGCCACAAGUCCGACGGCGAGACCGUGCGGUGGCUCCUCGAGCACGCCGAGCACGCCAUCAUCGAAGCCACGGGGACCGGGACCGUCCCUGCCAUCGCGAUGACCGUCGACGGGACCCUCAAAAUCCCCUCCGCUCCGAGCAAUAACAACAGCAGCAGCAAUACAACCGCUGCCCCCAAGCGCAAACGUCCGUCGAACAGUGAGUUCUGCGACGCGGGCGAUGCCGUGAUCACGCAGUCGUCGGGCCUCGCCACCGCGGCACCGCCGCCCCAGGGGCUGAUGCCGGUGUGGACGGUCGGGAACGCCGGCCUGGUGGUCCCCACCAACGCCUUCUGGAUGAUCCCGCCACCGCAGGCCUCCGGCGCGGUGGUCGCUGGCGGGCCCCCGGUGGCUCAGCAGGCGCAGAUAUGGGCGCUCUCGCCGGCGAUGACCCCGGUGUUCAACGUGGCGGCCGCGGCCGGGGCGGCGGCGCGGCCGGUGUCGUCGCUCGUCGCGGCGGUGACGGCGGCGGCCGCAGGAGGAGGGAAUAUUCCUUCGGGGAUCGAGAUAAGGGGGCCGUCGCCGGGGAUAUGCGGCGGGAUGACGAACUCGGCCGUGAGCACCAGCGUGGUCGGGGCAAAGGCGGCGGCGAAGAAGUCGACGAUGGCGCCGAGCGUGAGCUCCGCCGGGGGCGGCGGCGGCAGGGAAAAGGCUCAGAUGUUGAGGGACUUUUCGCUGGAGAUUUACGACAAGAAGGAGCUGCAGUUCAUGGCUUCCGACAACGGUGCUCACGGCCGUGCACAGCCCCACGCCUCCAAGCCUUGAGGAAGGAAAGAGUUCUAAUUUGCGACUGACAAAACAAAAUAAGGGAAAAAAAAAAAAAAAAAAGAUGAGUUUUUUUAGAAUUUUAGGUGAUCAAGAUUUUCUCCUCUCCUCUUCUUCUUCCUUCUUUUUUUCUAAUUUUUAUCGUGAAUCUGUACUUCAAAUUGACGGGUUAUUGUGAAAUUGCAACUCAAGUCCUCUUGCAAACUAUUUAGUUAAUAAUGGGCUCUCGAAAUCUUCCAUUUUUUUUUUUUUAAUUUUCUGAGAAUUUCACGUGAUUAUAUUGAUUUCUUGGCUUUUUUUCAGGAACAUUUUGUGCCCGGACCAUGAAUUUCAUAUGGUUGUGGUUUUGCAUUGCUCGUACCACGCAUAAAAAGCCUGCGACAGGCCAAUGAAAUCAUGUAUUGCCAUCUCGAGAUAUAUCUCCUUUUUUUUCUCCUAUAAAAAUGCUAAGAACGGAGCUCGGAGUUAAUCCACUGGACUAGCUCUCUCCCGGUGCCUCUCGGCACGUGCGGCGUGUUCAUGGUCCCUUUCUCCUUCGCAAAAGCUAGAUCUUUAAUUGAACUUUAAGCUUGGAUCGUGCUUGGUACUUGAACUAAACGGGCAGGGAACUCUAAUAUGAAUCCGAGCUCAUGAAGCUUUGUGCAACCUACUUGUUUGGUGAUCGUGUGAAACUCUGGUGCUUGCUUCGUGUAAGAGGGCGACGAUAUCUGA